UAGGCGACGCUCCGUGGGUUCCUCGGGGCGGGCGCGGGCCCGCGGCGCCUGCGAACGUGUUGUGGUAACAGCCUUGCCGGGGUCCGCGCGGCCGGAGGCCCUGCGUGCCUCCUUUGUGGGAAGCUGGUUCAGGACUCCGCAAGCGGGCCGGGUGGGCCUCCACGGGGCGACCUUCAAUUUACCGCUCCUCUGUAGUGUGUUGAACAGGAGAAUCUAGGACAAAGCCAAAUCAGUCCUCCAUGACUCCACUCCAUUCAUCACUUCUCCAAGCUAUGUUUCCAGAGUCUUCUGUGCAUUUCCAGGAGCAACCAAAAAUGGAUAAAUCUCUGGGCUUGGUGUCAUUUGAGGAUGUGGCUGUGGACUUCAGCUGGGAGGAAUGGCAGGACCUGGAUGAAGCUCAGAGAACCUUGUACAGGGAUGUGAUGCUAGAGACCUAUAGCAGUCUGGAGUCCUUGGCAGGGCACUGCAUCCCCAAACCUGAGGCGAUCAUCAAGCUGGAGCAAGGAGCAGAGCCAUGGGUGGCAGAAGAGCCCCCAGACCAGAGCCUCCCAGCAGGGCACUGCAUCCCCAGACCUGAGGCGAUCAUCAAGCUGGAGCAAGGAGCAGAGCCAUGGCUGGCAGAAGAGCCCCCAGACCAGAGCCUCUCAGGGAGAGUGAAAUACGUGCAAGAGAGGCCAUUUCCUAUGAAACCAGGAGAGAACAUGCUCUGGAAAUGGGAGAGUGCCAGGACUGUGGUCCCAGCCAGAAGACUUCUCAGAGAUAUCCAGAAAGUGGAGGAUCUUAUUGAGACCAGCCAGGAGAGUAGAGACAGACAUCUGUGGCAAGUUCUGAUCACCAGUGCAGCAGAGGAGAGAGUUGAAUUACAAAGAACAUUUAAUUUGAGCUCAAGCCAGAUUUCAGAGCUGAUUUUAAGUAAUGGGAACUAUUUAGGCAUGAGGACAGAAGAGCUUGUUGUAUAUCGGAACAUGCUUCUCCCUGGUGAGCCUGAUGCCGUGCAUGUAGGGGAGGGCAUGGCUGGAAAGCCUCUCAGGUACCCUGAGCAUCUUGAUCCACAUCAUGAGGUUCAGGCGAUGCGGCAGGACCUUGCACAUGGCAGAGAAGGUGGGGCCUGCAGCCCAGGGACGAUACUCUUCAUCCAGGAAAGGGUUCACCUGGGAGAGCCCUCCUGCAAAUAUAGUUCCUGUGCAGAGGGCUUCGGUCAGUUUGCCCUUGGUGUCCGGGAGAUAACCCAGGUGGGAAGGAGAGCUUGUGAGUGUGGGGUCUGCGGGAAGACCCUCUCCAUCAAGCCCAUGCUCACUCAACUCCAGAGAAUGAAACCCUUGGUGUGCAGUGAAUGUGAGAAGCCCUUCAUGACACAGCAGAGGACACACACACAGGAGCCCUGUGAGUGUGACUCAGGUGCUCGGUCUCUCUGCCGGAAGCCAGACCUCACUUUACAGCCCAGAGCUCAUGCAGGGGAGAAGCCCCAUGAGUGUCACGAGUGCGGGAAGUCUUUCUACCGCAGGUCUGACCUCACUGUGCACCAGAGGACCCACACAGGGGAGAAGCCCUAUGAGUGUGACGAGUGCAGGAAGUCUUUCAACCAGAAGUCAAACCUGAGCCGGCAUCAGAGGACGCACACGGGAGAGAAGCCUUAUGAAUGCAGCAAAUGCGGGAAGUCUUUCAACCAGAAGUCAGACCUCAUUUUACAUCAGAGAACCCACACUGGAGAGAAACCCUAUGAAUGUAAGGAGUGUGGGAAGUCUUUCUACAAGAAGUCAGACCUCACUGUGCACCAGAGGACUCAUACAGGAGAGAAGCCCUAUGAAUGUGAUGAGUGUGGGAAAACUUUCUAUCAGAAGUCAAAACUCACUGUUCACCAGAGAACCCACACUGGAGAGAAGCCCUACGAAUGUAAGGAGUGCGGAAAGUCUUUCUACCAGAAGUCAGACCUCACUGUUCAUCAGAGGACCCACACGGGGGAGAAGCCCUAUGGAUGUAGCAAAUGUGGGAAGUCUUUCUACCAGAAGUCCGUCCUCACUGUGCACCAGAGGACCCACACAGGAGAGAAGCCCUAUGGAUGUGACGCAUGUAGGAAGACCUUUUGCCAGAAGUCACACCUCAGCAGGCACCAGAGAACUCACACAAGGUAGAAACCUGUGCGUAAAGAAUGUGGGGAAUCUUUCCGUAGGAAAUCUGACCUUGGUAGGCAUCAGAGAACGCACAGGAGAGAAGUGACAGCCAUUGCAGAGCACAUCUCAGCAAGCCUCAGAGGACUUCCACCGAGGAGCCCUGCAUGGCAAGCAGGCGUGUUCCCAGCCUACUCUCCUUCCAGCUGGACACACACUGAGCCCAUGCUUCUCAGCGUUAUUGUUGUGUACUGAACACGAGCUCUGUCCAGAGGGAUGUGGAGGUCAUGCCCAGUUCUAGGAACUGGUGACUAUGUAGUGCUUCCUAAUUUCCCAUACCGUGUGGGACUGAAGUCCAGAUGACCUCAGGGUGGCACUGGGAGCUGUUGGCAGGAGAAGGCCACUGCGAUUUGAGACAAGGAAUUGAUUGAGGAGAGCAGAGAUCUCUAAACCUACCCCAGAAUUUCCCUUUGUACUUUGCAUUAGUGAGAAAUAAAUACUUACUGUUGAGCCAUUGCAUGUGUGGUCUGUUUGCAUUACAACAAAAUUGACUUUUUGAAUGUGGAAAAUCUGGGCAGAGUUACUAGUCACUGUUUAUCAGAAAAUCCACACAAGAGAAAAAAACUUAUAUUGCCUCCUUUCAUCCCUAAGUUGGUGUAUGGAAGUUUCAGAGAAACUGGAGAAAUGAAUUUGGGGAUACUUUCAUCAGGGAGGGACAACUCAGUACACAGAGUAAAUUUUGUUAAUGUUCAAUGUUACCAGUUUUAAGCAAAGUACAAUAUUUUUGUAUAUCAGAAUUUUUAAUGGACAGAAAACACUUGAUACAGUGGACAGAAAUUUUCAAAUAGAAAUGCUAAAUACAUUGUGGAACAUAAAAAAGUCAUGGU